AGGUGAUAACGGUAGGUGGACCUCCAGGACCCCCGGGAACUGUCGUAAGGCCGGUGGUAGCUGCGGUAGACGUGAUCGUGACCGAUGGUAAACUCGCUACAUAGGUGAUGACUGUGUUGGGGCCGCCGGGUCCUCCAGGAAUAGUAGUCAAGCCUGUCGUACUGGCAGUCGCUGUGAUCGUUACUGGUGCCGGGCCUGUGGCGAAUGUGAUAACCGUGGGCGGUCCGCCGUUGGGACCAGGAGGCAAUGUUGUGAGACCCGUCGUGGUAGCGGUAGACGUGAUAGUGACUGGUCGCGGGCUUGUGACGAAUGUGAUAAUCGUAUCAGGACCUCCGUGACCGCCAG